AUGGCUGCUGUAUUUCCUAGAACUUGUUACAAAUGUGGUGAAGUUGGACACGUUGCUGAUGAUUGUACUCAAGAAGAAAGAUUAUGUUAUAACUGUCAUAAACCAGGUCAUGAAUCAGGAGAUUGUUCAGAACCAAAACAAACAAAUUCAAAACAAUGUUAUUCAUGUGGGGAUGUAGGUCAUAUUCAAACUGAAUGUCCAAAUCAAGAACAAGGUACUAAAUGUUAUAAUUGUGGAAAAUUUGGUCACAUUUCAAAAAAUUGUGAGUUACCUCAACAAAAUAGUCAGUCAACUUCAUCAUCAUCACAAAGAAGACCAUUCAAUUCAUCAAGAGGUGGAUCAUCAGCUACUUGUUACAAAUGUGGUGGUCCAAAUCAUUUUGCAAGAGAUUGUCAAGCAGGUAAUGUCAAAUGUUAUGCUUGUGGUAAACCAGGCCAUAUUUCAAAAGAAUGUCAUUCAUCUUCAGGAGGUGCUAGUUAUGGAUCAAAGACUUGUUACAAUUGUGGUAAAUCUGGUCACAUUUCAAGGGAAUGUACCGCAUAA